UCACGAGCGCCAUAUUAAAAUGCUUCUUCUUCCCUUCACUUUUUUGUGUUGAGAACGUAGCCACCAUCAGUCUGCCUCUUGGUUUCAAGAGAUUGACAGAACAACAUGAUGGAAAUAAACUCACUCCAAGAGGCGCUCAAAGGUUAUUUGGGUUCUUAUGAAUAGCGUAAUACUUCGAUUGAAAGUCAGACUUUUUGUUUACUUGAGUCCAGAGUGGUUAGCUAGUUAUAUUGCCAGGUGUUGAAUGUAGCUAGCUAGCUAUAAGCUAAUGUUAGCAAGUCAGUUAGCUAAUGCUAAAAUUCGGAAGAAUAAGCAAUGUUGCUUAGCUAGCUACAGUAGCUAUCAAUUCUCAAACCUCCAGAAAAGCUAGCAAGCGAGCUACGUUAUCUAAUUGUUUUCUACAUUUAUUUCUGGAUUCAUCAAUGUAGCUAGCUAGCUAGUUAACCAUAAUGCUGUUGACAACUCCGUCGCCAAUGUCAAGCUAGCUAAUGUUAGCAAGCAAAUGAGCUGAUUAGCUACCGGUAGUUAGCUGGCUAGUUACGUUAGCUAACUAGAUAAGACAAUGGCAUUAAGUUAAGCCUAACUAGCUAGCGAAUUGUUGAUAUGUACAUGGUUCCCUAGCUAGUUAGGUGGCUAGCGAGCUAACUAGCUAGCUUGCUAGUUUUGUGUUCACUUGUACCUGGCCAAUGGCCACAACAACCUAUAAUGGACACCCUUUUAUGCGAACGCUCAAUUAAAUUCGCAGUUCGUGUCACUGUAACUUGAUUAUCCUCAUAUUGCAGGUGCUUGUCUGGAGUUGGCUAGCUAGCUAGUUGAAUGGCUAAAACACUCUGCCAGUGUUGUAGCCACAAAUCCCCUUCAUUAGCUAGUAAUAAGCAAGCGAAUCACAAAGUUUCCUUAUCUGUUGUGCUCACUGAUUUGAUAUCACUGUUCUCUGUAGACUUUGACAAGAAAGGGACGCAAGAAGUGGCUCCCCUACUGGACCAGUUUCUGUGUCAUGUUGCCAAGACUGGAGAAACCAUGUAAGUAAUGUUCCUAUUGACAAGCUUGGAGCUACAGAUUUUAUACAUAUGAGAGGAUGAAGCAUGCUCAGUGGGAAAACUUGAACACCACUGGUUCAAAUUAUGGAAUAUGCCAAGGUCAUCCCAAAUCUUAUUUUCUGCAUGUGCUGUAUAACUAAAUAAUAAUUUUCACAUGUUGCUUGCUAACUUAUGUUGAAAUGUAAAAACAAAUCUGCAACAUAUAUUCUUACAUUUGCUUUAUUUAACAAGCUAAAUGAUAGAAAUGUGGAUUAUUCCUUUUAAGAAAUGUGUACUCUCUCUUUCACCAGGGUUCAGUGGUCCCAGUUUAAAAGCUAUUUCCUCUUCAAACUGGAGAAGGUCAUGGACGACUUCAUAGCCUCAGCACCCGAUCAAAGGGGGGUAGCCAAUCCCAAUGUGGAGUCCAUUCCAUUUGAGGACAUGAAGGAGAGGAUACUGAAGAUUGUGAAUGGAUACAAUGGGUAGGUACCAGCAUAACCUUUAGACAACCGUUUCCCUACAAUCAUGUGAUGCCAUCUAAAGAGUUCACCAUUGCUGACUUUGUGGUGGUUAUACAAUGGCGCCAUCUACUGGAUAGGCAUUUCUAGAUGUCACGUACUGUAGCAGGGAUUGACAUUCACUUUUUCACUACUUUUUAAUGAUGCAAGGAACCACUUUACAAAAUAAAAUGUAUUACUAUCUUCUUUACCAUAGAGAAUCAGACAAAAAGUUAGACUACACACUAUCUAUUGGCUUCUUUGCAUAUUCAGGACUGUCUCAAAAUGCUCCUUUAAUACUCUCCUGGAGGAUGGUAGCCUGGUAGCCUAUAAAAUGUUUCAACAUUACAAUUACAACCAAAUACUUUUUUUAUGUCUUUAUAAAAUAAUUCCCUCCAGGGCUCGAAAACAGGUUAAAAACUGACUCUGGGACAGUUCUGGGAUGACAGAUCCAAAAUUCAUACAAACACUGCACAUUAAAACAUGUAAAAAGGCGAUGAGGCUGAUGCAACAGAUCAGACCAUUUAGUUUAAAAUGUUAAUAUUUAUUUAUUCAUAUCAUAAGCGCAACAAUAUGGCUGUAGGCUACGCGCAAAUGCAAUUAGCGGAAAACACUUCUCAAAAGCUCACCGCACGCGCAAGCGGUUUCAUGUGACCAUCUAAAGAUGCAUCAACUAGCAUGGGUUACUAAUAUGACUAGGAUUAUGCCUUUUGCUGCUGGACAAUACAAUAAAGUUGAUAUGAAAACCAAUAGAACAUGAGAAAAAUGCUGGUUUCAAUGGCAUAUUAAAUAUUUUUAAAAUGAUUCCCUCAACAUUUCUAUGGUGGUUUUUUGGCUAGGUACUUUGAAACAAGGUAAGACAUGCUUCAUAAAAUGUCCAGGUUUUAAACAGUUAAGUUUAUGGUUAAAUUGUUUCUAAAUGCUUACCGCCUCCGCUCAGAUUCAAGGUGGGUGAUGUGCGGUGCUCAACAGGCACUGUCCUUCACUCUGGUCUUGUGACCAUUUGAUCUGAACGAACCGUGCUUCAAGUAUGCCGACAGAAUCAAGCCUUUAGACGUUAAUGUUAAUUAUCCUUCGUUAUAUUUGUCAAACAUGACUGGCAUUUAGCCUAUAUUUAUGUAAUUAAAAGUCUCAUUAAAGUUUGGCUACAUUUUCUGGACUUUUUCCAAAUGUUGUUACAGCCUGAAAAUUGAUUAAAUUUAGAUUUUGUGUCAUUGGCCUACACACAAUACCCCAUAACGUCAAAGUGGAAUUAUGUUUUUUUUUAUUUAAAAAAUGUAUUAAAAAUUAACAGCUGAAAUUCAACCCCUUUAAAUUCAGGAGUAAAAAAGUCACAAGUUGCAUGGACUCACUCUGUGUUAAAUAAUAGUGAUUAACAUGAUUUUUUUUUUAUGACUACCUCAUCUCUGUACCCCACACAUACAAUUAUUUGUAAGGCCCUUCAGUCGAGCAGUGAAUUCCAAACACUGAUUCAACCACAAUGACCAGAGGUUUUCAAAUGCCUCAUAAAGAAGGUAGAUGGGUAAAAAAAAAAGCAGACAUUGAAUAUCCCUUUGAGCAUGGUGAAGUUAUUAGUUACACUUUGGAUGGUGUACACCCAGUCACUACAAAGAUACAGGCAUCCUUCCUAACUCAGUUGCUGAAGAGGAAGGAAAUCGCUCAGGGAUUUCACCAUGACGUUAAAACAGUUACAGAGCUUAAUGCCUGUGACAGGAGAGAACCGAGGAUGGAUCAACAACAUUAUAGUUACUCCAUAAUACUAACCUAAAUGACAGAGUGAAAUGAAGGAGCCUGUACAGAAUACAAAUAUUCCAAAACAUGCAUCCUUUUUGCAAUAAGGCAUAAAAGAAAAACUGCAAAAAAUGUGACAAAGAAAUUACAUAGCAGUGUGUUUCGGGCAAAUCCAACACCACACAUCACUGAGUACCACUCUUCCUAUUUUCAAGCAUGGUGGUGGCUUCAUCAUGUUAUGGGUAUGCUUGUCAUUGGCAAGGACUAGGAGUUUUUUAGGAUAAAAAUAAACUCAAUAAAGCUAAGCACAGCCGAAAACCUGGUUCAGUCUGCUUUCUAACAGACACAGGGAGACCAAUUCACCUUUCAGCAGGACAAUAACUUAGGCCAAAUAUACACUGGAGUUGCUUAUCAAGAUGAUAUUGAAUGUUCCUGAGUGGUGUAGGUAAAGUUCUGACUUAAAUUGGCUUAAAUCUAUGGCAAGACUUAAAUGGCUGUCUAGCAGUGAUCAACAACCAACUUGCCAGAGCUUGACACAUUUUUUAAAGAAUGUGCAAAUAUUGUACAAUAUAGGUGUGCAAAGCUCUUAGACUUACCCAGAAAGACUCACAGCUGUAAUCGAUGUCAAAGGUAAUUCAAACAUGUAUUGACUCAGGGUUGUGAAUACUUAUGUAAAUAAGAUAUCUUAAAACAUGUUUUCACUGUCAUUAUGGGGUAUUCUGUAUAGAUGGAUGAGAAAUAAAUGUAAUACAUUUUGAAUUCAGGCUGUAACAACAAAAUGUGGAAUAAGUCAAGGGGUAUGAAUACUUUCUGAAGGCACCAUCUAAUAUCACUUUUUUUCUUUAGCUAGGCCUACAUUUUCUUUAGCUAGGUCUCUUCGGAGGACAAAAAUACUUUGUUUUUCAUUUUUACAGCUUUUUUGUUACAUAUACAUUUUACAUAUAUUGUACUUUUAUACACAGCAUUCACAUAACAAAGAGUUAUUUUUUAUAUAUACAUUACAUUUUAAAUAAAUAGUACUCUGACAUCUCCAGUAUACAUUAUAUGUAGUGUUUUCUGUAAUGACCAUUACUGAUCAUUAGCUCUUUAAUUCCUCCCCUCAGCUGCUCUCAGCCCAUGUCACCCAUCACCCUCUUGAUAUUCAUGUGCCAUAUAUUUUUCAACUGUGCUGUGAUGUCUUACAUGAAUUUUAAACCUUUCUAAUCGCAUAGUAUCCACAGAUUAUGAGCUAAAGAUGAAAACCUUUCCUACAAGUAUUAUUAUAUUGUUGAUUGAUUGACUAUGGCUUUCCAAAUCGCCCAACACUGCUUUUCAGGGUUAAUUUAAAUUAAUGUUGGGAUUUUUCAGCCACUCCUGAACCUGUGACCAGAAACAAAAUACAUGGGGGCAAUACCAGAAUAAAUUAUCUAAUUAUUCUCUCUUCGCAGCAAAAUCGGGUUUGUUUUAAUAAACUCCUUACCAUCAUUCCCUCAGAAUUCCAUUUACGAUCCAGCGUUUGUGUGAGCUGCUUACAGAACCCAAGAGGAAUUACACAGGGACAGAGAAAUUCCUCAGAGGUGUUGAGAAGGUGAGUGGCGUGCCGUGUCUAUUUAAGAGCAGUUGUGCAGUGUUAUAGUAUAAAUAAUAUAUAUAUUUAUAUAUUUAUUACGCUGGGCCAAUUGUGCGCCUCCCCAUGGACUUGAACCAGGAUCUCUAGUGGCACAGCUAGCACUGCGAUGCAGUGCCUUAGACCACUGUGCCAUUCGGGAGGCCUUUUAAUCAGCUUCUUGAUAUGGCAAAGCAGAAAUGUUAACUGACAGGAAUGUAAACAAAUUUGUGCACAAAAUGUAAGAGAAAUAAGCUUUUUGUGCGUAUGGGAAAUUUCUGGGAUGUUUUAUUUCAGCUCAUGAAACAUUGGACCAAAACUACAUGUUGCAUUUAUAUUUUUGUUCAGUGUAUAUAUACAGUACCAGUCAAAAGUUUGGACACACCUACUCAUUCAAGGGUUUUUCUUUAUUUUUAGUAUUUUUUUACAUUGUAGAAUAAUAGUGAAGACAUCAAAACUAUGAAAUAACACAUAUGGAAUCAUGUAGUAACCAAAAAAAGUGUUAAAUCAAAUAUAUUUUAUAUUUGAGAUUCUUCAAAGUAGCCACUCUUUGCCUUGAUGACAGCUUGUGGGAAGCUUGUGGAAGGCUACCCGAAACGUUUGACCCAAGUUAAACAAUUUAAAGGCAAUGCUACCAAAUACUAAUUGAGUGUAUGUAAACUUCUGACCCACUGGGAAUGUGAUGAAAGAAAUACAAGCUGAAAUAAAUCGUUCUCUCUACUAUUAUUCUGACAUUUCACAUUCUUAAAAUAAAGAGGUGAUCCUAACUGACCUAAGACAGGGAAUUUUUACUAGGAUUAAAUGUCAGGAAUUGUGAAAAACUGAGUUUAAAUGUAUUUGGCUAAGGUGUAUGUAAACUUCCGACUUCAACUGUGUGUGUGUGUGUAUGUAUAUAUAUAUAUAUAUAUAUAUAUAUAUAUAUAUAUAUAUAUAUAUAUAUAUAUAUAUAUAUAUAUAUAUAUAUAUAUAUAUAUAUAUAUAUAUAUAUAUAUAUAUAUAUAUUAGCAUAGUCUCAAUAAAAUAGUAUUUAUAUCUUGCAGUGUUUGUAAUAAAGGGUUUUUCUUCCAGAAUGUGAUGGUGGUCAGCUGUGUGCAUCCUACCUCAGAGUAAGUGUUUUUUUCCCUUAUUGUUAUACAUUAUAGCAAUGAAACAUUUUUACAAAGAGGAGGUUUGUUGUAUUUAGUUGAUAUUAAAGAUUUUCGGAAUUGUCAUUGUCAUGUUUCUCUCUGUCAUGAAGGAAAAACGGAUGCAGUGGUGUGAAUAGAAUGAAUGGUGUUAUGUUGCCUGGAAACUCAUCUGCUUUUACAGAGAGGUAAAGCGCAUAGGACAGGUUCUCAUUCUCCCAUCCUAGUUUCACGUCAGUGAUAAUUGCCUAAAGGUAAAUGCAAAAAGUAAACCUCACUUUUCUUAGUCUUUUACUAUUUUCUUGCAGGAAAGUUAAUGGUCCAGGGACCCCCAGGCCGCUGAACAGACCAAAACUCUCUCUAGCCAGCUCACUAGCGACAAACGGACUACCGGACAGUACAGAAAACAAAGACCCUACCACAGAGCAGGGACAUGACACACCCUCCAGGUACUUCAGUUGCUACCCAACAGAUUGUGUGAUACUCACUUCCUACCGUUCUUUGAUGAAUUGAAUGCGUGUUGAAUCUUCUUUCUCAGUGAGGUGUCGGCAUCAGAUACCCUGGGGAGCUCUGUGAAGAACAAGCACCAUGACGACGAGGAGGUUAUGGAGGCGGAGCAGCAUGAGGUGAAGAGGCUCAAGUUCAAUAAAGAUGAGGAUGAUGAUGAAGAGGACACCCUCAGCUCCGGUCACGCUGACAGCUUGUCGGAAGAGGCAGAGUCCAUGGUCCAGGAGAAGGAGGAGCAGGAGGAGGACAGUGAGGCUGCCAGUACUGCUGGGAUUUGUGAAGACCAAGGUAGGACUGAAUUUUCACCUCUUUUUCCAUCAUGCUGGUAUACAUCGCUGGUGAAAUCCUUUGUGGAUAUUAGUUAGUAAAUGAGCAGAACCAGGAGUUGCCUGAAUUUUCAGAAUUCUGAGGUGUUCAUCGCAAGUUCAGCUUAUCUGUGUGCCAGAUCUACAACAACCCUGAUGCAGUUAACAUCGCUAACUCCGUUUUUGUGUCCUUGCCUGUCCCACAGAGCCAUCGAGCACACAGUCUGAGCCAUCAGCAGGGCCCGGGGAGGAGGAGCAGGCUAAGGGGGAGGGACCUUGUGGCAAGGAAGGUAAUGACAUGGACCAGUCAGAACAGCAGGCCCCUGCUGGCGUCCUGGACAACCCUGAGGCCCGGGACAGCGAUGAGGGCAGUGACCCAGUCAGCAGCAGUAGCAGUGCGGAGAAUGAAGCCAGGGAAGAGGCAGCCCCUGCUCCCUCCAGCAGUAGUCCUGAGCCAGCUGCUGAGGGCGCCAUGGAGAGCGGCAGCCAGGACACCGGGACCAGUGAAGAGCCCAUGGAGCAGGACUAACAGCACCUCAGGAUCGAUCUAUUGACCAUUAAGAACAUCUGUCCUCAAGUCCAGCUUGAGUGUCACCGGUGAAGGGGCUACUCCAUCCUGGUCCCCUAGAUACUUUACGCCUUGUCUACAUUUUGGCUACUCCUCAAAAUGACCACCUGUCAUUGAUGUAGGCAUACACAUUUUAUUUUCAAUCGAAGAUUUUUUUAACUGGAUUUUUUUCUUCUUCCCAUACUCUAUUUAUGAGUUUCCUUUUAAGGCUUGUGGUCUACAGAGGUCUUUGUUUCAGCCUUGGUCAGUUUUUCGGGUUGCAUAUGAUGUUUGUUCAAGCUGUGCUGACUGGACGGUGUGUUCACCUGGGUAUUGUUUUCUCUCAUCAGUUUGACCAUUUGACAGGUAAAGCAGGCCCAGUUUUGUUCCUGUAGCCAGUUGUUUUUCUCUAUGGAUUAUCACCCCCGCCAAACCACCAGAGUCAGGACAAAGACAACCCCGCUAACUAACUUCCUCAUUGUUUAUGCCAUCAGUUACUCACUCCAGAGAUGAACUAGCUAGCUCAAGCCUCAGCAUCCAGCCCAUACCACUGUUUUUACUCAUGUGCCACCAUCUUGGCUAUUGAGGAAAAAGUAUCUUUCCUUGUUAGUUAUUUUUUUAAAUCUAUUUUCCUCGUGAGAUGGAGUAUUGAAUUAGAUUUUCCAUCUGAGACCUUAUUCUCCUUUUAAAAUGCAUCUAUUGUCUUUGCUAUGAUGCACUACCGACCCACCUCGAAGAGUAAUAUAACAUGCUACUUUUACCUUCAAAUAUAAGAUUUAAUAAUUUUGGGUGCACCAUUAAUUUAUAUAAACAUUUCAACUCAACUACUUAUUUUGUAAAAUGUUUUUUUGUGGCAGACAGUUAUUUAGUUUCCAAAACCAGCUGUAAGUACAAGAUGACUUCCAAUUUGGAUUAUGAUGUCACCAAGUUUGACUGACAGAUAUCCAGAGCAGUUACUGGUUUCUUUCUAUAGCUGUACUUUUUGAUAUUUAGAAUUUUAAAUUUCUGUAAAGUAGAUUUUUGUAGAUUGUAAUACAGUAUGUGUUCACUGCCUUUGUGAAACCAUAUAAUUGUAUAAUUUGUGUAUACUCUGAAUGAUUUUGCUUUCAAUGCGGUAUUCAGAUAAAGCAAUAAAUG